AUGGCCGAGCCCGGAGUUCUCUCUCUGUGUCGCCCCCAACUCUGUUUUGUCUGUGAAACCGUCCUGAAUGACGAAAAUGCCCUUGAUGUAGGUGUCGCCGUGUCGGAUUCUGAUUGGUUACUUGCAACUCGUCCCAUUCCCACCAAGCACUACGUCACUCUCCCACUUGAACUGUUCCCUUCAACCCUUAAUUUCUCAUCUCCCCCUCGUACCCAAAAAUGUUCAAUUCCACCAAUUUCCCUGACAAAGAAAACCUUUACUACCCUCUUGCAGUCUUGUUCUUCAAGCCAAAACCAGCUCAAACAAAUCCAUGCAUUCCUUCUCACCACAUGCAUAACAAUAAAGAACAGCCUCAUCACCCAUCUUCUUACCAACCUUACUCUCUUGGGAGAUAUUUCGUAUGCUCGUUAGCUAUUCGACAAAAUGCACAAGCUAAGAAUUUUCUUAUGGAACACCAUCAUUAAAGGGUAUGUGAAAAAUAAGCUUCCCAUAGAAGCUGCUUCUCUUUGGUAUAUAGACAAUUGACAAUUGCACGUUCUUGGUGUUCGUCCUGAUCCAUUUACAUAUCCAUUUGUGUUGAAGGCAUGUGUCGAGCUGCCAAAAUCGUGGAUUGGUGGGGCAAUCCAUGCCCAUGUGAUGAAAUAUGGAUUGGAGUUUGUUUCUGUGGUUAGGACUGGGUUGAUGAUCAUAAUGUACGUAAAAUUUGGGGAGUCGGGUUUGGCUAAUUUUUUGUUUCGGAGUAUGGUAGAUAGGGAUCUAGUAGCAUGGAAUGCUUUGAUCGCAAUGUGUGUGCAAAAUGGAUCUGCCACUAAGGCUCUUGGCUUAUUUCGCCAAAUAGGUGUGGCUGGAAUUAAGCCUGACGCAGUGAAGAGUGCUCUUUCAACAUGUGGUAAAUUAGGUUGUUUGGAGAUUGGGGAGGUAAGUCAUAGAGAGUCAAGAAAAGAGGGGAUUGAUUGUAAUAUGAUUGUUGAAAAUGCACGGAUUGACAUGUUUGUGAAAUGCAGGAGCAUUGACAUGGCGAGGACCGUGUUUAAUAAAAUGCCUCAGAGGAAUGUUAUUUCAUGGAGUACUAUGAUUUUAGGUUAUGCCAUCAAUGGAGAGAUUGAAAAGGCAUUGGCUUUGUUCUCCAAGAUGCAGAAUGAGGGAUUGCAACCUAACUAUGUCACGUAUUUAGGGGUUCUAUCUGCAUGUAGCCAUGCUGGGCCUAAUGAAGGCUGGGCGUAUUUAAGCCAUAUGGCUCAAUCAGGUGAUAGGAAUAUUCAACCUAGGAAAGAAGAUCUUGACGAGGCCUAGAACUUCAUUAAUAAUAUUCCCAUACAGCAAGAUGCAAGAGUUUGGGGGGCUUUAUUUGGUGCCUGUGUAAUCCAUUAUGAUGUCAUUUGGGGUAAUGUAGCAGACUUGCUCUUUGAAGUAGCUCCCAAUAUCUCUUCAUAUCAUGUUUUAAUGUCUACCAUUUAUGAAGCUGUUGGGAGGUGUGAUUUUGUUUAUAAGGUGAGACUGAGAAUGAGAAAGAAAGGCAUUAAAAAGGUAGCUAGUUAUAAUGCAGUUGAAUUCAAUAGUGAAAUUCGUAUUUUCUAUGUGAGAGACAGAUCACACGCACAGUCAGCCCGUAUAUAUGAGAAGUUAGAUGAUUUACUCAAACAAGUAAAAGAGUAUGGGUAUGAUCCCAAAACCAGUUUUGUGUUCCAUGAUGUGGAAACAGAGAAGGAAAUCACAAGUAGGAGUUGCUGUGAAAAACUUGCUAUUGCAUUUGCUCUCAUCAAUGUAAGACCUAAAUAUCCCAUUAGGGUGAUGAAGAAUUUUAGAACUUGUGAUGAAUUUUAG